ACAGGCAUUUCACAUCAGUGCACUUAAUAACCUCAAAGAGAAGUGAACUGCUGUAUGCACUGAGCAAAACUUUCAUACAAUGAUGGGAAGAGUGAGGGAAGGGCUUGAAGACUUCUUUUAUGAAUAUGAUACACCUAGGAUGGUGCUAGUGAAGGACAAAAAAGUGGGAGUUACAUUCCGGCUGAUCCAGCUGUGUGUUCUUGUUUACAUUAUCGGGUGGGUAUUCAUCUAUGAGAGAGGCUACCAGUCAGUCGAUGGGAUCAUAAGUUCUGUUUCCAUAAAAAUGAAAGGACUUGCAUACACAAACACCAGUGCAACUGGGCCACGAGUAUUAGACGUGCCUGACUAUGUCUUUCCUUCUCAGGGCGAUACCUCCUUUGUGUUGAUGACCAACUUCAUAAUGACACCCCGACAGAAACAAGACUAUUGCCCUGAGAGUCCAGAUGCAGGUUCAUGUACCAGUGAUGAUAACUGCAGUCCUGGACAGCCUAGAAGAUAUGCAGAUGAUGACAGCACUUUUCCCAUUGCCCAAAACAGCCGUCUAAAUACACCUGGAAGUGUUCCAUCAACAGAAGGAUACAGGACUGGGAGGUGUAUACAAUAUGAUGCAAAGACAAGGAGUUGUGAAAUAUUUGGAUGGUGUCCAGUAGAAAAUGACAGUUGUAUUCCCAAUCCCCCAGUGCUGAAGGAAGCAGAGAACUUUACACUUUUCAUCAAGAACAGCAUCCGAUUCACAAAGUUCAAAGUCACCAGGAGAAAUUUGGUGGAGUCUAUAAAUAACACAUACCUGAAGACAUGCAAUUAUAAUGAGAAGACAGACCCUCUUUGCCCAAUUUUUCGAAUUGGAGACUUGGUAAAGCAGACUGGGCAAGAUUUCACCAAUAUGGCAUUGCAGGGAGGUGUGCUAGGCAUUGUUAUAGACUGGGACUGCAACCUGGACUGGCAAGUGAGGUUCUGCAUACCUACGUAUCAGUUUUAUGGACUUUAUGUGGACAGCAAAGAAAAAGUAUCAGAAGGCUUUAAUUUCAGGUAUGGCAAAUAUUAUGUAGAUGCGAAUGGGACUGAAAGAAGACACCUUUUCAAAGUGUUUGGCAUUCAGCUUGAUAUCAUGGUGCAUGGAAAGGCAGGUAAAUUUGACAUCAUUCCAACAAUGACAACCAUAGGUUCAGGAAUCGGAAUAUUUGGAGUGGCAACAGUUGUAUGUGACUUGCUGCUGCUACACAUACUGCCAAGACGGAAGUACUACAAAUUACGGAAGUUCAAACAUGCCGAGGAGGAGAUGAACGAGCAAAUGACAUCUUCAGAAGACAACCUUGAAGAAAAACAGUCAACGAUACAAAAUGUGAACACUAAUGAUGUUUACAAAACAUCUGCAGGCCUUCACCAUCUGCCCCAGCCAUCAUCAGGCGAAAGUAUGUAGACCAUAUGAUGUUGAAGAUCAAAAUUAAGUGGAUAAUUUGCAGCAGCUAACACUGAAUUUAAAUUGCACUGACAGUCUACAAAUAGUUCUUCCAGAAAAUCAACUGCCUUACGGAAAAUUCUUCCCUGGGAAGUCUGGUUUCUGCUGUUUAAUGAAAUCCCUGCCUGAGGAAAUUUCCAAGCCUGGCAGAAAGCUUCCCUGUGGAUACUUUCAAUAACUCAGGGAACUAAACAGAAAAGAAUUAACUGGAUGCAAAAAAAAAAAAAAAAAACACCUUUUUUCACAUAAAAUAUUUUUUUAAAGUUAAACCAGAUGAAAGGUAGCUUCCAUUUAGAAACAGAAUUCCGAAUUUACUUGCACUUAAAUUUUGUUAGACUUGUUGCUGAUAUGCAUGCAUUAAAGAAAGGGCAGAAAGAUGUCAAAUAUUUGUUUAGAGACCAGUACUUUAGUGUGCUAUGAAGUGUCUGUCAUUACCAUUGGUACACAUGAUGAAAUUGUUUAUUCCAAACUUUCAGCUGCUUGCUAUUUUGUGAAUAUAGUAAUACCGAGGUUGCUGCAUACCUUUGGGAGAACAUCAGUAAGCAUUUCUUCAAUGUAUUUUGUCAGGCACUGAUCCCCUAUCACUGUACACUAGUAUCUACAUCCCAUGCCAAUAUUUUUUGCUGAAUGCAUCCUAUUGAGUACUGUUGUAGAUUUUUUCCCUGUUAUUUCUAAUAAUUUUGUUACACUGUAGCAUUGCACAGUAAAUGAAAUUGCUUUAUUUCAUUUUGUUAAGUUAUAGCUACAGUCUACAAUGGCUGUUACCAUGGGUGAGAUUAGUUGUGUUCUGUUUCUUGUUUGGAAUAUUUGCUUUAGAACUGAUAGGUCCACGAAGAAUUGGACCUUUGAAAUCUUUGUUCUGCACUGAGAUAUUAGUUUGUUUUUGCCUUUACUAGUAAGAAAAAUAUGAAUAAUGCAUGCCAUUUCUACAUCAUUGGCAUAAUACUUUGGUAAUUUUAGUCUAUACCCAUGCAAUGCAGUACACGAAGUACACACAAGAUGUGGAAAUGUGACCCUAAUGCCAAGAAAGAAUAUUCUCAGUUGUACAGGCACACAUUACCAGAACCCUCCAAGGUAAUUCCAAGACUGUGUCAAGUUAUCCACUACACUAUUUCCCAUCAUCCUUUGCAGAUACUGGGUCCUGAAAGCAAUAUUUGUUUUUAGUAUCGAAUGCAGACAGGCUUUAAAAUACAGUCUGUGUACAAUCUUUCUCAGUCUACUGCUUUUUGCUAUUCUUUGAAGCCUUAAAAUGUUUUACAGCAUCAGUUUGGCAAUUAAAAGGACAAAAUGACAGUAGGUUGUGUGUUACUCCCAUUAAAAAUUGCACAUUGAGUUUAGAGACAUAACAUUGUGAUGAAUUUUAGGUAAUGUAAUAGAAUUUUUUUCCUUAUGUCCUCUUUUAAAAUGCUGCCACUGUCUAACAUCUGCCUGUCUACAGCUAGUUACUUCUUACCAAGCUGUCAUUUCUGCUUCUCAAUAGCGGAGUGUGGGAAUGCAGAGAGGAUCUGUAGCCAGACAGAUUAGGGUGGACAUGAGAGGGAUGGCAACAGGAUGUCCCUGAACUGGUGACAAAAAUAAAUGACUACACACUAGACCUCAUUUUCUAUCUGUGCACUGGAUUACAGAUCAUGUAUUUUCCAUAUGUGCCAGCAUACAGAAUUAGGUACUAGUGCUUGUCAUUAUGUUGCACAACAAAGAAUUCUAUAUUGCACAAUGAAACAUUGUAUAUGCAAGCUCUCUUGUGAAAAAUAAAACUGCUUUCUUUGCAUACA